CGUGUUACUGAUAGACGAAUUUGAUGUUAUGGUUACUAAAACGAACAGAGUGAUUUAUAACUUCUUGGAGUGGACAACCUUACAAGAUUCGUAUCUUAUCGUUAUUGCUUUAACUAAUAGGAUUGAUUUGCCGGUCACAAUGUUGUCAGCCAGAAGUGAAAGUCGAAUAGGUUUGGAUAGGAUGACUUUUGCGCCAUAUACGCACUCGGAGCUAUUCACUAUAGUGAAAUCACGGCUUGAAGGAAUUGAAUUGUUUGAAAAUAAUGCUAUUGAAUUUGCGGCAAGGAAAGUUAGUUCUAUCUCGCAAGAUGCAAGGAAUGCUUUAUGUAUUUGCAGGCGUGCUAUAGGAAUACUUGAAUCUUUAGCAAAGACAAAUGAUAAAAUAAACAAUAAAGUUACCAUCGACAUAGUUAAAGAAGCCAUAAAAAAAACGAAUACUCCUUGGUCGAAAUACAUCAGAAAAUGUUCUUUUCGCGCAAAAAUGUUUCUAUGUACCUUAUUGCUAUUACGGAGGGAUGGAAAUCCUGAGAUUGAAUUUAAAGAUGAAGGUGUCCAAACGCCAACAUGUACUGAGCUUUCGAACAUUGCGUACGAUCUCGCGUCGUCUUCAAUUGUGUUGAUGGAUUCGAGUAAAAAUGUUUAUACACAAAUUAAGUUUAAUGGUAAUGAAGAGGAUGUGAAUGUG